ACAGUAGUCUGGUAGAAUUGGGUAGUAGAAUUUCUGUCCCCUAUACUUUGCAGCACAUUGCAGUGCAUGCAGUUUUUGUAUUAAUAUCAAUUUAACAAUACAUGCAAAAACUCAAGCCGUCAAGUUUUCAGGAAUUUCAGCACUGCUUCAGUUAUUGCCAUGAAUGAUACAAACUGGCCGGUUAAGCUAUAUACAAAAAUUAUAAUGAAGAGCAGUACACAAGCAGUGGCCCUAUGGGGUAACCGGGCCCCUGCACACAGCAUCACAGCCAUGAUGAUAACAGAGGAUCAGAAGACCAUUGUCACGGGAAGUCUAGAGGGACAGAUAUGUCUUUGGCACUUGUCAAUGGAAAUUAAGAUUACUUCCAAAGCAAUUCUUUUUGGUCACACUGCUGCUGUCACCUGUUUAGCAAAAGCAAGGGAUUUUGAAAAACAACCAUAUGUUGUGAGUGGUGCAGAAAAUGGAGAGAUGUGCGUAUGGAACGUCACCACUGGUCACUGCAUUGAGAAUGUCAAGCUCCCGUAUAGGCACACAGCAAUCUGUUAUUACCAUUGCUCAUUCCGAAUGACAGGGGAAGGCUGGCUGCUCUGCUGUGGUCACUAUCAAGAUGUCCUCAUUGUUGAUGCAAAGACCUUGCAAGUCCUUCAUAGUUUCAAGUCACAGUCUUCAGAUUGGAUUAGUUGCAUGUGCAUUGUUCACUCUACCAGGAUUCAAGAAGAUUCAUUGGUUGCAAUAUCAGCUUCUGGUGACCUAAAGGUGUGGGACCUCUCAUCUUCUGUUAACAGCAUACAGGAAAAGCAAAAUGUGUAUGAAACUGAAUCCCAGUGCCUGGAGAUGGCCAACUACUGCUCAGUGCGCUUCUGCACAUACACAGAACGGCUGCUGCUGGUGAUUUGUUCCACAUCUUGGAAGGUCUAUGAUUACUGUGACUUCUCCAUGCUUUGCAGUGAUGAUUGCAAGGAUAGUCAGAGGUUUGCUGGAGGCGAGUUCUUGGCUACUAACAGACUUAUCAUCUGGACCCAGGAUGGGCACAGCUACAUCUACCAGCUGCUGAACAGUGGCCUUUCCAAAAGUUUAUGUCCGGGAGAAGGAGGAUUACUGAAAGAAACAAUCACCCCUCACUUACUCUGCUCCACAAGUGUCAUGGAAAAGAGCUUUUCAUGUACAAUGGCUUUCAUGAACCAAAGGAAAGAACCAUUUUAUAAGAUACUUUAUUCUGGUAAUUCAUCCGGUAGACUUCAUUUCUGGCAUAUCCCUGAUGUUCCAGUGUCACAAUUUGAUGGUUCACCAUUAGAGAUACCACUAAAGGUAACAAUAACUCUCCAGGAAAUGUUUGACAGGCAUAAAUCAAUGUCUGAAGGAAUCAUAGAUCACCUGUGUGCUCCCAGUGAAGGGGUGACACUUGCUUCGGUCACUGCAUCUUUGUAUAUUUCCAGCCUUGAUAAGCUAGUUUGUGGCUGUGAAGAUGGCAACAUUGUUAUCACAUUUGCAUUGCAUGCUGCCAGGGCACGACUCUUACGAGACCACCCACUUCUUAGAGGCUCAUUGCCGCAUAAAAUAUUUGGAGGCCAUGACUGCAGCGUGACCAGCUUAUUAUAUCCUCACGCAUGUUCAGAGAAGUUUGAUCCAAGCUGGCUUAUUUCUGGUGAUCAGAAUUCAUCUGUAAUCUGGAGAGAUGUCUUCACAGGGGAAAUAUUCCACAAAUUCAUAUUACAGGCUGGAGCAAUCCUUAAACUGCUCAUUCCCCCAACUGACUACAAAGUAAAAUUGUUCCAGACCAUCUAUUGCAUCUGCAGUGAUAAUUCAGUGGCACUUCUGAAUCUGCAGGAUCGAAUAUGUUUUUUCCAUGCCAGAAAACAUCUAUUUCCUGUGAAGACCAUGAAAUGGCAUCCUGUGGAAGAGGCUUUGGUUGUUGGUUGUGAAGAUGGCUCAGUUUACGUUUGGGAGAUAGAAACUGGUACUUUGGAACGCCAUGAAACAGGAGAGAUGGCAAAAGCGAUUCUUACCUCCUGUGAAGAUUUUACCAUUGAAAUGACAGAUUCCAUUAUAAACACUUCGCAAGAGACACAAAGAAACUCGAGGACAACGUUCAAGUCAUCAAACUCGUACAAACUUGGAAACCUGUCCCAUAAUCUGAUCAAUCCAGAUAAGUCAACAAACAAAAUGGCUGAUUCCAGUUACUCUCCCAACCCCUUCACCGUUCUACCAGUGAGAUCUAUGCAUAAUGUCAGCCUUCAUUUGCUUUUGUUUGACUUAGAACAAGUUUUAGAACUUUUACAGUCUUCUCAAGCCAGUGGCCUGAAGUCAGCAAACUCUUUUCACAGCUAUGAUGCACUAAAAACAGCAAAAAGUUCCUCAGAAAAAAGACCACUAACUCUUAAAAGAAAUAAAACUGCUGGGUCAUUGUAUCAGAUGGAUGGGCCAGUUUCAGACAUUGUUGUCAAGGAAAUCUUCACCCGACCUUUAGAAGAAAUUGGUGGCAUAAAAAGACAUAAGAAAUUCAAAAGUACAAAAAAGAACAAGUCCCAGAUGUCUGGAAAAAUAGAUGUAAAUAUGGUUACUGAUGCUGCAAAACUUCUACUUUCCUGCUUUUUGCCUUGGGGUAUAGAUAAGGAACUCGACAACUUUUGCGUUAAACACUUGGACAUCCUAAAGCUGCAAGGAUCUAUUACUUUUGGACUCAUAUCGGAUGUGGAUCAUUUAUGUUUAAUGCUACCUGGAUGGAAUCAAAUAAACAAUGAUACAACUGGAGAUUUUUCACAUAAUCUACUGUCAAAGAAAGUGAAUGAACUUUCGGCAAAAUACUCCCUUGUGACACAAAAACAAAAAAACAAAAAAGAUCAACUAGAAAAACACAUUUCAGCCAUGAUAGGCUUGGAUCCCCUUUUACAUUUUCUCAAAAAGCUGUUAUGUGUCAGUAAAACUCUUCGAAUGGAUGGCUCAAAAUGUAACCAGUCCGGCAGCAUGGAAAAGAUGGAGGCUUUACGUGGCAAAUGGAGAAGUUCUGAGCAUUUUACUUCAUCAUUUCCUGCAUUUACUACAGAGAUACUACAUGAUAGGAAUGGGUCCAGUAUCACUGAUCCAGAAAACACGGCAUUAAUGAAAAUAGUAUCUACUUGGAAGGAUCAAACAAUACAAGUAACAGAAGCAAUGCAAGCAGUUUUACUGUCCGAAAUCAAAAGAUGGAUGGAAACAUUGAGACAAACAGUGAUAACAACUCAACCAGUCUGUGCAGUCGAUUACGGACAGUUACAGCUACCUUUACAAUGUGAGCCCUAUGAGCAAUCUGAGCAAGUGUUUAACGAUUCUCCUAUGCAAGCACCUGAGAUUUUGCCAAAAAGUGAAAAGACUGUCAUCUUCCAAGAGCCAGAGUCAAUUCAAGAGAAGAAUGGAUUGGAGGACUCAGACAGUCCAGAUGACAUGAAACAGAAUCCCUGGAUGUCCAAAGUGUGUUAUUGUAAAGUAUGUUGAAGAUCGUGUCUUCUUGAUAUCCAUUUAUAUGCUUUAUGAGUAAAUGUGCUGAUUAUUUAUAUUGGUUUGGAAAUAAUCCUCUUAUUACAAUGUUGUCAAUAUUAAGCACAUUUAAUCAAGAAAUUAUCUGAAUCAGGGUUGUUUAAAGCAAUAUAAAAUAGGUUGAAAUAAUAUUGUAAUAAUGUAAUAAAGUAAAUGGUUACUGUGA